AUGGACCAAACCGCGAUUUUUAUCGACAUGAACGUUAAAAUGACGAUUGAGUUUGUAGGGACUCCUACAGUCGACGUCGUUCAAGGCUGCGAGGUAAAUGGCUUUAGAGCCUCCGUUUUCCUGGCCGCAUCCGCCACGGGAGUGAAGCUGCCGCCACUCAUCGUCUUUGCUGGUAUCCCUGGUGGACCGGUCUCGCAUUCGGUAUGGAGCCCAUACUUUGGGUCACCGGGAUGCGAGCACACGGUGCAGCGUAAGGCGUAUUGCAGCGAGGACGUGAAGCAUGAGUGGAUUCAACGGAUUUGGAGGCCUAGUGUAGAUGGCUGCAAGCUUUUGCUCCUCGACAGCUUAAAAGUGCACAAGAUGCAAACGGUGAAGACUGUGCUUGAAGAGAAGUGCUGCACACCGGUGGAAUUUAUUCCACCUGGCAUCACCGGCAUCGCGCAACCUAUGGACGUGGCUGUAAUGAAGUCUUUCAAGGAUCACGUCCGGUAUGUCUAUGCUACGAACGAUCUCGCUAUCACAAACGACUUUCCAGAAACAUCUCAACAGAAGCGCGAGCUGCUCUCCCGCUUUGUCGCGGAUGCAUGGAACAAGGUGUUGGCAGCAAGUAUCCGAAACGGAUUUAUUAAGAGCGGCAUCGUCCCAAUUGGUCCGCGAGAUAGUGCGGACCGGUUUCGAGUUGGCGAAGUACAGACUAGAGCGUGA